AAAACUCUUUUAAUUUUCCCUAUUUUGUUGGCCCUGUUCCUGAUUUCAGGUUAGGGGUUCUCGACUUCCUUCCCUUUCCCAGGUUUCCUCGCUCCCAGCCGCCGCCGCCGCCGCCCUUCGCUACUCCUGUCGUGGCAACGCACCGCGACUUCAGGCUUGGACGUAUCGUUAAUUGUUGGCUGUGAGGCAUGCUAUACCAAUGAUGGGUUCACGAGGUACCAGUAUCGUGCUAACAAGAGCUGCUCGGAUGAGGCAAAAGCUGCAGUCUGCUUUGGAGACCAGUGCCCUGGACAUUGAAGACGUUUCUUAUCAACAUGCCGGGCAUGCAGCUGUCAAGGACAAUACAAACGAGACACAUUUUAACAUCAAGUUAGUUUCACCAAAAUUUGAAGGGCAGAGCCUUGUGAAGCGUCACAGGAUGGUGUAUGAUCUUCUAACUGAUGAGCUGAACUCAGGUCUUCAUGCUAUCUCCAUUGCUGCAAAAACCCCGAAAGAGUCAGGAUCCUGAGUCCUGAUGGUCUAAUAAGCAUUUGCCUGUGUUUUGUUUCAAAAUAAGUUGAUUGUAGCAAUAUCAUGUAACCGUGAAGUGAUUGCCAAAUCAAUGUUAUGACAUGCUGCUUUUCUUACGAAGACCCUGUAUUUGCAUUAGAUUGGAGCGUGGAAUUUAUGUGAAUCAUUUAUUGCU